AUUUAUCAAAGUUUUCGUCUGCCCCAGGCGGCAGGCAGACCCAAUUCGCACACCACAUUUUAACUUAUCCGUAAAUAAUAGAUUAUAAAAACUUGCGAAAUGCCAUUCAUGAUAGGUAAAGAGCCUAUUAGGCGGACCGUUAAAUAUUUGGAAGCUGGAAAACUUGUUUUGAAAAAUUCCAUUCAAAUAUUUUCUGUCAACUACAACACUCAUGGAGAAAAUCAUCGAGGGAUAAGAGAGUUUAUGUUUUGGCAUUUACCUCAGAUACUGUAUAAGAAUCCUGAAGUCCAACUUGUGGUAACAAGAAAUAAAACACCUUCACCAUUUAUUUGGUGUUUUUAUGAAAACAACAAAAGAAUGUUGAUUGAUGUGGAUAUGAAGAGUAAAGAUGAGAUAUUGGAACAUUUAUUAAAAGUGGUUGGAAAAUCAAAAGAAGUAUUGGCAACAGAAACAAUAGCAAAAGAAAAAACAGAUAAUCCUGCCAAUUUUGGGCCCAAUUGCGAAAGAAGUUGUAUUUGUGAAAUUCCUGGUCAAUUGCCUUGUCCUGGUAUAGUGCCACUACCAAAUCACAUGAGAGGAAAAUUUAAGUUUGCUAAGAAUGAUGACUUUUAAUAUUGUAAUUAAUAGUACUUUUUUCCAAAACUUAUUGUAAAUAAACUAUUCAAAUGUUUUUGAAAAUCCAAUAAUACUUUUUAUUAAUAAUAAAUACUUUCUUUUUAU